AUGGCGACCAGGCAGAGCACGGGCCGGGGGCGGCAGCGAGCAGCCGAGAGAGUGCUGCUGCUGCUGCCGGCUGUGCUGCUGAGCUUGUGCUGCCGGGCGGCGCCGGAGCCUAUCCACUACUCAAUCCCCGAGGAGCUGAGCAGAGGUUCGCUGGUGGGGCCGCUGGCGCGGGAUCUAGGGCUGAGCCCAGCAGAGCUGCCGGCACGCAAACUGCGUCUCAGCGCCGAGAAGCAAUACUUCAGCGUGAGCGGAGACACCGGCAACCUGUACGUGAGCGAGAGGCUGGACCGGGAGGAGAUGUGCGGCGAGGCUCCUACCUGUUCCGUCAGCUUCGAGACACUGGUGGACAACCCGCUCAAUGUUUUCCAUGUCGAAGUGGCCAUCCAGGACAUCAACGACAACGCACCGCGCUUCCUCCAAGACCAUUUCCAGCUGGAAAUCAACGAGUUCACUUCUCCCGGUGCCCGCUUUUACUUGGGCAUGGCAGAAGAUGCGGACGUCGGCAGCAACUCCCUGCAGGGCUGCGAACUGGAGACCAACAGGUACUUUGAGGUGGAGGUGAAAGAGAAGCAGGACGGCAGCAAGUUUGCGGAGCUGGUGCUGCGCCAAGCGCUGGACCGGGAGAGCGAACAGAGCCUGCGGCUGGUGCUGACGGCGCUGGACGGCGGCGACCCGCCCCGCAGCGGCACCGCCCAGCUCUAUAUCAACGUCACCGAUGCCAACGACAACGCCCCCGUGUUCGCGCAGAACCGGUACCGAGUGAGCCUGCGCGAGGACUCGCCGCCGGGCUCCAUGGUGCUGAAUGUCUCGGCCACCGACGCUGAUGCUGGAAGUUACGCCCACAUCACUUACGGCUUCGGGAAAAUGCCAGCCAAGGUGCUUCAGAAGUUCGCGGUGGAUGCAGAGAUAGGGAUCAUCACUCUGCAGGAAGCGCUGGACUUUGAGGAUACACGCACAUUCAGCUUGGCCGUGGAGGCAACGGACGGCGGGGGGUUGAGGGCACACUGCGAAGUGGAGAUUGAGGUGCUGGACGUGAACGACAAUGCACCAGAAGUAACACUGACGUCAGUAUCGAGUUCGGUCCCCGAGGACGCUCCGGUCGGCACGGUGGUGGCGCUGGUGAAAGUAAGGGACCGUGACUACGGGGAGAACGGCCAGGUGCGGUGCGAGCUGUCAGGAGAGGCGCCGCUGUCGCUCGUGGCGUCCUCGGGAGGUUCGUACAAGGUGGUGACGGCGAGCGCGCUGGACCGGGAGCAGGCAGCCGAGCACCGAGUGACGCUGGUGGCCAUGGACAGGGGCAGCCCGGCGCUGUCGAGCCGCGCGGCGCUGGUGCUGGAAGUGUCGGACGUGAACGACAACUCGCCGGUAUUCGAGGAGGAGGUCUACAGCGCCUACAUGGCCGAGAACAACGCGGCGGGAGCGCCUGUGCUGCGCGUGCUGGCACGAGAUGCGGACGCGGGCGCCAACGGGCGCGUCAGCUACUGGCUGGAAGGCGGCAGAGAAGGCACGACGCCGCCGCCGGUGUCAGUGGAUGCGCAGAGCGGCGCCGUGUACGCGCAGCGCUCCUUCGACUAUGAGCAGUGCCGCGAGUUCACGGUGACGGUGCGGGCACAGGACGGCGGGGUGCCGGCGCGCAGCUCUACGGCCACGGUGCGCAUCUUGGUGCUGGACCGCAACGACAACACGCCGCGUGUGCUGUGGCCGACGGCGGCGUCGGCAGGAGGCGAGGCGCCGCCGUUCGAGGUGGUGCCGCGCACGGCCGAGGUGGGCUACCUGGUGGCCAAGGUGGUGGCGGUGGACGCGGACGCAGGGCGCAACGCGUGGCUGUCGUACGAGCUGCUGCAGGCGCCGGAGCCGGCGCUCUUCCGCCUGGGGCUGCACAGCGGCGAGGUGCGCACGGCGCGGGCCGUGUCGGAGCGCGACGCGGCCAAGCAGCGCCUGGUGGCGCUGGUGAAGGACCAUGGGCAGCCGGCGCUAUCGGCCACGGCCACGCUGCACGUGGUGCUGGCCGAGAGCUUGCAGGAGGCGCUGCCGGAGCUGAGCGAGCGGCCGGCGGGCACGGACUCGCCGGCGGAGCUGCAGUUCUACCUGGUGCUGGCGCUUGCUCUGCUGUCGGCGCUCUUCCUGCUCAGCCUGGUGCUGGCGCUGCUGUCGCGGCUGCGGAGGGCCGGGCCGCCCGCCGUCCUGCGCUGCCUUGGCGGGCAGCGGUUUUCUCUGGCUGGCGCCGCCUUCCCGGCCAACUUCUGCGAGGGCACCUUGCCCUACUCCUACAACCUGUGCGUGUCUCCGGGACGCGCCCUCACCGAGGUCGCUUGGCUCCGGCCACCGCUGCCAGCGGAGGAGCUGCUGGGCGGGGAGUCCUGCAGGACGCCGAGCCCGAACAGCCGCCCCGACGCGGGAGACCCACCCACCGCCCCCGACGCACCUGAGGUCGGCAGCCCCGCCCGCUGCGGCCCAGCUCGCUCGCUGGCUGGCUCGGGAUCGGAGCUGUCUGCAAGCGUCCCCGCGGUGCGGAGCCGAGCUGCAGAGAACCAAAGGUGUCGCCAAAAGCGGCAGCGGGGGAGCGACAGAGGGGAGCCGGAGCCACAGGCGGAUCUCGAUCCGUUGUGGCGGUGA